CUACUCCACUACUUCCCAGGCUGAAUUUACGAUGUCAAAUAUGUUUUCACUGAGAAUAAUGCUCCUUCUGGCUGGCAUUAUUUUUCUCGGUGUACCAGCUGCUAAUCCUGCGCCCCUGACUGCGAAAUGUCCAGACAACACCAUCGUCGACACCAUCUUUGUACUCGAAAGCAACCCUGCCUCAGGGGCAGACAAUUGGUAUAAAGAGAUUCAGUUCUUGUAUGAAGUCAUUGGUCAGUUCAAACUUGGUGUAGGCAAUGCCAGGUUUGGCCUCUCCAACUUAGAAGGAAACUACGCCGGAGUUAUUGACCUUAUAUAUCUCAACAGCGUCAUAGCUAUUGAUCAGUUUUUAAGACCGAGAAAGGAUCUCAACUUACUGACUUACACAGACAAAGCUUUUGAAAACAUCAAAUACCUGAACAUGUUCGGCAAUAACACAGUAGGCAGACAAUCAGCUCGACGCAAAAUCGUCUUGAUUAUUGAUGGCAAAUCUUCAGAUCUUCAAAAAAGCAUUGGUAAUGACGUUCAGAAGGAUGAACUGCAAGCCAUAGCUUCUUCUAACAAUGACACGUACUUUGUCUCCACGUAUGAUCAGCUGGCUGACUACAGGACCCCUCUUAUCAACAAGAUUUGCUAUGAAAACACUCCGAUUUUCACUAUACCUGUCGCAACUACAACAGUAAAGACAACAGUACCAGCUACAACUGCGCCCCAGAUUGCGAGAUGCCCCGAUAACACCAUCGUCGACACCGUCUUUGUGCUCGAAAAUAACCCUCCGUCAGUGGCAGACAGCUGGUCAAAAAUGUUGCAGUUCACUCUUGACGUCAUGGGUCAGUUCAAAAUUGGCGAGCGCUUUGCCAGAUUUGGUAUCCCCAACAUACACGGCAAUUACGCCAGAGUAAUUGAGCUGACAAAUUCCAUUAACAUCGCAGAUAUUGAUAAGUUUAUAAGACCAAGAACAGAUCUUAACAUAACGACGUACACAGACAAAGCUUUUACUAACAUCAAAGACCUGAGAUUGUACAACUCUACCUUAUUUGGAAGACAAUCUAUUCGACGCAAAGUCGUCUUGAUUACUGAUGGGAAGUCUUCAGAUCUUCAAAACACUUUAAGUCUAGCCACUGAGUUGAAGAGCAUUGGUAUACACAUCAUUACCAUCGGCAUUGGUAACGGCGUCCAGAGGGAUGAACUACAAGCCAUAGCUUCUUCUAACAAUGACACGUACUUUAUCUCCACGUAUGAUCAGCUGGUUGGCUACAGGACCCUUCUAAUCAACAAGAUUUGCUAUGGUAACAAUAGAUAA